AUCUUCUUCUCAAACCAUUUAAUUUCCACUCAAAAUCUUAAAUUGAAUGUCAAAUUUCAACUUAGGAAAAAAGCUUAUUCUACCAACUAAAAAAACAUGGAAAAGCUUCACCAACAAAUUACAAUCAAGAUUACACAAACUCAACCUUUCAAAAGCUUACAAAAGUUCCAAAAACCUUUGUAUUAGAGCUUACAACUACAUUUCCCCUAUUAUUACUCGAAAAUUCUACUCGUUGAUCCAUCGUUCUUCAUCACCACCACGUACUCAUCGUAAAUUUUACCAUAAUUACUACCAAUACCAACAAUGUCAUAAAAAUACUUCACCUAUAUAUGUGGACCAACUUUUCCCCGAACCUAUACUGAAACAACCAGCAUGUCAAAAUCAUAACGUUAAGAUAUCUGCACCUCAGACGGAAGAAUUCGUUGCUUCGAGUAGUGGUGGUAAUGUUAAUUGUAGAAACAAAUUGGAUCAAGAAGAGAAAGAGGUUAUUAUGAAGGGUAUUGAGGUAAAUAUUGCAUUGAAAAAAGGUAAGGCAAUUAUUGAGAGUAGUUGUAUUAGUAAUUAUAGAACAAGUGAUAAUAUUAAUAUUAUUGAUGAAUGGAGAACUCCUUCAAUGCCACAUAUAAAUGGAGUGGAUAAAAGAGCUGAAGAAUUUAUAUCUAAGGUUCGUGAAGAUAUGGAGCUUGAAAGACAACAAUCAAUUCUUGAUUUUCAAGAAAUGUUGGCUAGAGGUGUUUAA